AUGGCCAAGAGACAAGCUCGUAUGCGUAAAGGCAAGGGUAAGGGUAAGGGCAAGGGCAAGGGUAAGGCUGAGGAGCCAACACAAGGAUUAGGAAGGAUGGAUGAUUUGGACAACAAUAUGCUCUUACAGAUCUUUGCUAAACUAAGUCUGAUGGAUCUAGUUAUUCGUAUUUCUGGGGUUUGCAGCUCCUGGAGGUCAGUUUGCUCUGAGCCAAGUGAUCUGUGGAAAUCUUUAGAUCUAGAAAAGUUCAAAAGCUUCUUCAAUUCCAAGAAGUACUCAGAUGGAGAAAAUGAGCUUGGUUUAAUGUCCUUCAAGAAAGCUUUGAAUCUUGGAGGCCGACAUGCAGAGAAACUUAUCUUUGAUCACUCACCUGAUGUGACGGAUGACUUGUUGAUCUUUGCAGCUCAAAGAUGCCAAGGAUUGAAAGAGAUUAUGCUGCCAUCUUCAUAUUUUUGUACAAGUCAAGGACUAACAAGAGCUUUAGAGUUCUGGAGAAGUCUUGAAUCUCUUGCCCUAGAAUUCUAUUUUUGCGACUGUCGUUAUAACAUCUUCCAAGUAAUCGGUGCAAAUUGUAAGAACUUGAUUACACUCAGGCUUCGCUCUUGUGUUUUCUAUCAUGAAGUUGCCGCUAUCUUGGCUGAAUCCGUGCCAGGAUUAAAGGUGCUAACCCUUCGAUGUGCUGACAUAGAGAAGCAAGCUGCAGAAGUUUUGCUAGACAAAUUGGAAAACCUUGAGGAGCUCUACUUAUCUCUGAGUCCAACUUCAAGUAAAACACCCUUUGCUGAACCUAGAUUUCUUCCACCGCUCAAAGAUGAAGCAAUGAUCCAGAAAAUUACCAAGCUUCGAGAAUUCCAUUUUUGUAUAGGAUAUUGUAUGCCUUGUAUUGCUGUAACCAUGGGAGAAUCAUACCUGCAAGCUUUAAAUCUUCCUCCACCUAUUUAG